AAUCCUUGAGCUUUUUUCUCUCUCUUUCUCUCUUUUUGUUCUUUCAAAGAUUCCAUCCAUUUUCCGGUCCACCACCACUGGAUUACUUGCACCCUUUUCCCUCCCAACUCUCUCUCCUUUAUUUUUUUUUCUCCGUCUUUUAAUAAUAUAAAAUUAAUAAUAAUAGUAUUAUUAUUAUUAUUUUCUUUUUGUAGUUAUUCUGAAAGAACAUCAUGAUUAUGAAUUUGGGCUAAAAUCAGACAGAACGAGAGAGAAAGCGAUGAAAAUGAUGGGAGGGUGGAAAAUGUUUUCUCCCAUUUGAAUUGAAAGAGAGAAAAAUAGGAGGAGAGAGAGAGAGAGAGAGAUUAUUGAGAAAGGAGUGAGAUAGGAGGGGGGUGAGGGUGAGGGUCAUCUGGUCAGGUCAAGGUGGUUGGGUGGCCGAGUCUGUAGUGGUGGACGUGGUGGUGCUGGGUCUCCUUCACAGAGACAUACUACCAUCGUCUUACCUUUUGACUCGAUAAUCAAUAAUACUCUGGGAAUUCCAGCCCUCGAAUUUUGUUAUGGCUGGGAUUGAUGAUAAUGCUGCAAUAAUUGGAGAUUGGGUGCCUCCUACUCCAAACACAAGAAGCUUUUUCUCUGCAAUGUUAGGUGACGAUAUUGGGUCCCGACCACUCUCAGAACCUCCCUCCAGUAAUACGACCGAGGACCUCUUUCUGGGACCUCCACAGCCAAUCAUGUCAGGAAACAACAAUGGGACACAAAGCAGUCUUUCUCUUGACAAAUUCGCCGACUUAGAUUCAUUUUCUGAGCAUAAAUCGAGCUCACGUGCUGGUCUUGUGGAAAGAAUGGCAGCCAGAGCUGGAUUCAAUGCUCCCAGGUUGAAUACACAAGGCAUUAGAUCAGCCGACAUGUCAUCCAAUUCUGACAUUCGGUCUCCUUACUUAACAAUACCUCCUGGUCUCAGUCCCACUACGCUGCUAGAUUCUCCUGUUUUCCUAUCCAAUUCACUGGCGCAGCCAUCUCCAACAACUGGAAAGUUCCCAUUCAUCUCAAAUGGUGACAGUAGGAGCAUGACAUUGAUCUCAGGGGCCCCUGAUAGAAGUAAAGAUGAUCUCUUUGAAGAUAUCAAUAACACAUCGUUUGCUUUCAGACCUGUUGCAGAACCGGGCUCCUCUUUCUUUUUUGGCGCUUCAAGCAAAAUGACUCCAGCCACUCUUUCUCAACAAUCCUUUCCAAGCAUCGAGGUUUCUGUUCAGUCAGAGAAUUCUCUUCAAAGUGUAGAACCCACCAAAGUUCAAACACAGAAUAGAAGCAGCCUCCCUCCUCAGGCAGACUUUUCCCGAUCAUCUACUGAAAAGGAUAAUGGGGCUAACACUGUCUUGACAGAUCAAAGAGCCUUUGAUGCUGUUGGUGGCAGCACUGAACAUUCUCCACCGUUGGAUGAGCCACCAGAUGAAGAGGGAGAUCAAAGAGGCAGUGGAGAUUCCAUGGCUGCAGGUGGUGGUGGUGCACAAUCCGAGGAUGGGUAUAAUUGGAGAAAAUAUGGACAAAAACAAGUAAAAGGAAGCGAGUAUCCACGAAGUUAUUACAAGUGCACACAUCCGAAUUGUCUGGUUAAAAAGAAAGUAGAACGAUCUCAUGAGGGCCACAUAACAGAGAUCAUCUACAAGGGGGCCCAUAACCAUAAUAAACCUCCUCCAAAUCGGCGAUCAGCCAUUGGGUCUGCUAAUCCACUUGUGGACAUGCAACUAGACAUCCCUGAACAAGCUGGGCUGCAGAGUGGUACUGAUGGUGAUCCAGUUUGGGCAAGUACUCAAAAGGGAAAUGUUGCCGGGGCUUCUGAUUGGAGGCAUGACAACCUUGAGGUGACAUCAUCAGCGUCUGUGGGUCCUGAGUACUGCAACCAGUCAGCCUCUAUGCAGGGCCAGAAUGGCACCAACUUCGAAUCAGGUGAUGCGGUGGAUGCAUCAUUUACUUUCUCCAAUGACGAAGAUGAAGACGACCGGGGGACACAUGGCAGUGUAUCAUUGGGUUAUGAUGGUGAAGGAGAUGAAUCCGAAUCUAAGAGAAGGAAAAUUGAAGCUUAUGCAACGGAAAUGAGUGGAGCCACUAGAGCUAUUCGUGAACCUAGAGUUGUGGUCCAGACAACCAGUGAGGUGGAUAUCCUUGAUGAUGGAUAUCGUUGGCGCAAGUAUGGGCAGAAAGUUGUAAAAGGAAAUCCAAAUCCAAGGAGUUACUACAAGUGCACCAGUGCAGGUUGCACAGUAAGGAAGCAUGUGGAGAGGGCAUCGCAUGAUCUUAAGUCGGUAAUCACCACAUAUGAGGGAAAGCACAACCAUGAUGUUCCUGCGGCUCGCAACAGCAGUCAUGUCAAUUCUGGAACCUCCAGCACAGUAACUGCCCAGGCAUCUGCCUCUGCCGUUCAAACCCAUGUUCAUAGGCCUGAGCCAUCACAAGUUCACGCCAGCAUGGGAAGGUUUGAAAGGCCUGCUUCACUAGGUUCAUUCAGCUUUCCUGGAAGGCAGCAGAUGGCGCCUUCCCAUGGCUUCUCCUUUGGAAUGAAUCAGCAAGGCCUGGCCAAUCUAGCAAUGGCUGGGUUGGGUCAUGGCCAAGCCAAGCUUCCUGUUAUGCCCGUUCAUCCAUACUUGGCACAGCAACGGCAGGUGAAUGAAACGGGUUUCAUGUUGCCAAAAGGAGAACCCAAGGUGGAGCCUAUGUCUGAACCUGGUCUGAACCUAUCCAAUGGUACAUCAGUAUACCAGCAAUAUAUGAGUAGGCUGCCGCUUGGACCUCAGAUGUAAAUUUCCCCCCUUUUUUUUUUUCUAUUUUUCUUUGGGAAAAGUAGAAAUAUUUACCUCUCUCUCUCUCUCUCUCUAUAUAUAUAUAUAUAUAUAUAUAUACAUGUAUGGGGAUUUUACUUGGUGAUCCAUAUACCGUUCCAUUCUUUGAUUUUUAUAAGUGACAUUGUCAUCCAAACCUUGCUAAGAGAUAUAUUUCUUU